CCAUACUGAUUGGGGAACAAAACCUCGUUUUGUAUUUGAAUAAAUACGGUAGAUGAUACCAAUCUCUUUAGGAAAUGCAAGGUUCACAUUUAAGGAACCUCUGGAUAAUACAAGCAAUAGAUUGCAAAAAAAGAAAAAUGUUACUGCUUUAACAUUUGAAAAAAUGUUAAUUAAAACAUUUAAUUUGAAAAAAAUACAGGGGUUUUAACAUUUUAAUUAAAAUAUGAUAUUUUAAAUCAAUUUUCAUUAUAUGAAGGUAUAUUUCCUUAGCAUCUCUUAGAGAAAUGACUGAAAACAUGGGAUGAUUGAAGUCAACAGGAUUUUUGCCUUUUACUUAAGUUGGGGCAGUAGUUCUCCCAAAAUUACUUUAAACAAUGCCUAAUGGUUACUUCCUAUUAAUUUUAUAUUGUAUUUUAAUUUUAGGAGUUGGAGUCAUUUGGAAAACUCAUGAAUAUUAAUUCUGCAUAUAAAGCCAUGCCUGUAGUACUAAAGCCAUAAUAAUAUACAAAAUACAUAAUAAAGGAAAAUGACCUUUUCUAACAUCACAAAGGAUAUUAUUGAUUGCUCUGAAUUUGGAAAUGGAUCUUGUCCUGAAGACUUCAGGUCAGCAGGUGUUCGAGGAGCAAUGUAUUUGUUCAUGCUUAUGGCUAUCAUCAUCACUGUCACUGGGAAUCUGGCUAUAAUAAUUUCAAUCUCAUAUUUUAAGCAGCUGCACUCCCCAACCAAUUUCAUGAUCCUGUCAAUGGCAGUCACAGACUUUCUUCUGGGAUUUGCCAUUAUGCCUUACAGCAUGAUCAGGUCUGUGGAGAACUGCUGGUAUUUUGGCAUCACUUUCUGCAAAGUCCACUACAGCUUUGACCUCAUGCUCUGUUUAGUUUCCAUCUUCCAUCUCUGUUGCAUUGCCAUUGAUCGCUUUUAUGCUAUCUGUCACCCUUUGCAUUAUUCAAGCAAAAUGACUUUUUCGGUGAUAAGAGGGUUUCUAGCAGUUUGUUGGUCAGUGCCAGCUGCUUUUGCUUUUGGGGUGGUUUUCUCAGAAGCAUAUGCUUCUGGAAUAGAGGGCUAUGAGAUACUAGUAGAAUGCUCUAGUUCCUGCCCAGUUAUGUUCAACAAAUUAUGGGGAACAAUUUUAUUUACUUUUGGUUUGUUUGUUCCUGGCUGUGUUAUGACAGGAAUAUAUGUCAAAAUUUUUGCAGUGUCCAAAAAACAUGCCCAUUUUAUGAACAAUGUGCCUGAAAAAGAAAAUGAUAAAAAGCAAAAUCAACUUUCCAAGAAUAAAGACAGAAAAGCAGCUAAGACUUUGAGUAUAGUUAUGGGGGUUUUCCUGAUAUGCUGGUUUCCUUGUUUCUUUACCAUUUUAGUUGACCCAUUUUUAAAAUUUUCUACUCCUGCUGUAUUGUUUGAUGCCCUAACAUGGUUUGGCUAUUUUAAUUCCACCUGUAAUCCAUUAAUAUAUGGUUUUUUCUACCCAUGGUUUCGAAAAGCACUAAGGCAUAUUCUGUUGGGUAAAAUAUUCCAGCCACAUUUCUAUACCACUAAUCUGUUUUUUCAAAACCAAUAG